GUCUACAGGAAUCUAUCUUUUUUGCCUCGGCUAUUCCAUGGCGUACAAUCAAGGGGGUAGCUUUGCUCUAUGAAUGCUAAUUCAAAGUGGUCUACGAAGAACACCGCUUGUCAGCUGCUUUUAAAUGCAAACCCAAGAGUUAAAAGCAAAUUGAAAAAAGGCGAUUUCCGUGCAUUGUAGAGAAUUACAAAAUGACUGUGUUAAUAGCCAUGAACCCCUAGUCAGUACUACAACUGGAUGUUUCUUACUGACCUAUAGCAGCUGAGGGAGAUAGUGGAAAUACGUGCUGCCUAUCCGAAGGACUGAACAUCCCAUCCAUGUUGGCACAAUACGGACGCUACUCGACACACGAAAAACACAGUUAACAAAAUCUACAAACCAAGCAACCGAAGAAUAAAAGAGGGCGAACACUUGAAGAGAAAAUCUUCUGGGUCUCCAAGGCUUAUUUUUACAAGAGGAAAAUUGAGAUUUUUUUGGAGGAGAAAUAACGGCGUUAAUACUACUGUUUAUCUGGAACUUUCUGAUUUACUUAUCCAAUGAUUUACCAGCAGAAAUAAUACACCUGGAAUAUAUAGUAUCGUGCCCCGGAAACACACAGUCUUUUUCUUGUCAGAACUCGCGUAUUUUUGCGUCGUUGGGAAGUCGAUUACUUAAACCGUAAGGGAGCCAUAAACACAAGAUUUUGUUGCUCGGUUAAGGUUUGGCAAAAAGAAGUGCGGAGUGACUGGGUGAUAUAAUCACUGUUUGUAUUUGGUGACAAGAUCUUAGCGCGGAAGUCACUAGAUUAUAAAACUGAACUCAAAACGGUUUGUCAAGACCCAAGGAGCCGGCUGUUCAGCUACUGGAUAAGGGUAGAAUUUCUCAGUGCAAGAACGGUCAGUGCUUGACAUUUUACUCUUGUACACAAGCCAGUCAUGACUGGAAUCCCAGGCAAUAAUUCUACAGGUUCUUUAGUACCACAGAAUCCAUUUCAUUUUGAGUUUAUCCCUUGGGCAUUUUUUAACAUUUUAGUAAUAGUUUGCGGAGCUUUAGGCAAUAUAUUGGUUGUACUGGCGUACAGGAAUCCGAGGAUGAAGACCGUUACUAACCUCUUUAUUGCAAAUCUUGCAUUUGCCGACCUGAACGUCGUUCUAAUCAACGUGCCGAUGAACAUCUUAAAAACCGGACUAGAAACAUGGCCGUUUGGUGGGGCUAUAUGCAAGAUCGUGACAUCUUUACUUGCGAUCACAUUGGCUGCCUCUGUGGGUUCUCUUAUAGCCAUCGCUGUAGAUCGCCAUCGAGCUAUAGUACAUCCACUCAAACCACGAAUGCGUACAAGACAUGCUUUCUACAUCAUCAUAGCUAUAUGGAUAUCAGCAAUAGCUUUAGCAACUCCUUUGUUAGUCUUCUCUAAAGUUAAUAGCCAGGGGUGUCUCGAGGACUGGCCGUCCGGCACUGUGAAUUGGCAGCAAGUAUAUUCAGUGUUACUCUUCGUUACCAUGUAUGUCCUACCCCUAGGAACUAUGAGCGGCCUAUACUUAAUGAUCUACCUUAACCUCAUGGAGAAAAAGCCACUGCAAAAAAGUGCCCACCGUGCUCGUGUCAGCGUCGUGCGCAUGCUCAUUAUGGUGAUCGUAAUAUUUGCACUUUGUUGGCUACCAUUUCACGUCAUGAUCAUUGCUAUUGACUUAAAAAACUCAGAUGAGCCUACAUUUUACGCCAUGUGUUUUGCUCUCUGGCUAACCACGGCCAACAGUUCCUUCAACCCCAUCAUAUACGCUGUUUUUAAUUUGAACUACAGGCGGGAGUUUGCUCGGAUUCUAACUUGUGGGACUGUUAAUGUUGGCAAGUAUUUGGGCUGUGAUACUUCCAUAGAUGACCCGAGGUCGCAUUUCAGCAGGGCUACGUUCAAUAAAUCACAGUCGCAGCCGUUGGCACUCGUGUCUAAGGUCAACGGAGGAAAUGGGAAGGUUUAUGUAGAAAAUAAAGAAGAAGAAAGGGGCUUUCUUGAAAGAAAAGAAAUCAAUGGGAAUAACUAUGGAGACGUUAGAAAUACCUAUGAAACUUCUUCUCGUACACAAGGAGAACCGGGCGGGAGCUGUGAUCAAGGGCAUGUUUACGAAUCGUGCUGUUAAGUAUGACCCUCACGCAAGAUGCAACAUUGAAUACUGUUGGGAUAAUGGUGAGAAAAAAGAUCAUAGGAUCCAAGCCAGCUACGACUCAUCCAUGACAUGAACUUGUAAAAAGUGGUACAAAAAUUGCUUACAAGGCCAGAUGCAAUAAUAAAAAAAACCCACUACGAGAUGCAAAAAGGUUGCGUUAAGACGCCAAAUAGUGCAAGAAAGGAUCAAAAUGUCCUAAACAGCUAUGUUUCUACCAAAGUGCAAAAAAAGAUGUCGAUAAAGUGUCAUAAAGGACAAGAAAACUACGACCAACCUUCUGAAUAUAUGCAGGGGGUGAAGGGCUGUGGAUAGCCUUAAUAGGGCUUGAAAAAGCCAAUCAUUAAGUGGACACUUCCGCAUGAAAUGAAGAUGGAAUGAAGUAUUCCAGCUGAUUUGUUUUGAUAAGGAUAACUGAGACGUACUGCACACUAGAUGAUGGACACGUGUAGUAACUAGAAAAGGACACUGUACACAACUGAGACGUACUGCACACUAGAUGAUGUACACGUGCAGUAACUAGAAAAGGA